AUGCGUGUACUCCUUGUUUAUGAGGAAGGAUGUAAGGAGGCAGCAGUGUCUCUUCGUAUAGGGAUCGGUUCCUUUGGUGUUGGAUCCCUUGGUACAACAGAUAGAUCCCAACAACCUGGGAUCGAUGGAUCCCAAUCUGGGAUCGAUCGAUCCCAAGGAUCUGGGAUCUAUGGGAUCGUUGGAUCCCAGUCUGGGAUCGAUCGAUCCCAAGGAUCUGGGAUCGAUGGGAUCGUUGGAUCCCAGACUGGGAUCGAUCGAUCCCAAGGAUCUAGGAUCGAUCCCGAUCCUAUUGGAAUAGAGGGACUUGCUCAUCUAACAGAACAUAUGCUAUUUAGGGGAUCUGUCUCCUAUCCAGAUGAACAUUCUUUCUUUAAUUAUAUUAAUAAUAAUGGUGGUAAAACAAAUGCAUAUACAAGUAAAUAUUCAACUGUUGUCUCCUUUUCUUUGUCUCCUUCUCUUCUUAAGGAAGGGAUUCAACGAUUUGUUGAUCUUAUUGCUUUUCCUCUUAUCAAGCCCCAAAGUACACAACAAGAAGUGCAUGCAGUGCAUGCAGAAUAUCAAUUAAAAGCAACUAGUGAUGAACGAAGGGCAGCACACCUUAUUAGACAGAGUAAAUUAAAGACUCCUUUCUCUGCAUUUACUGUUGGAGGAGAAUCUCUUGAUUAUUUACAAGAAUUAGCUGUCUCCUUUUUCUCUCUUAUCCCUAAUAAACAAACCCCUAAACCCCAAUAUAAUGAAUGUACAUUAACACAACAACCUUUUGCUCCUGACGAACUACAAACUAUCGUACGAUUUAUAUUAACAGAGAAGGGGAGUACAGAUGAAUCAAUCGCUACUAUUGGCAAUUAUUUAUUUCUUUACUUAAGUGCCAUAAGAGAAUUAGGAGUAGAGAAAUGGCGUUAUGAUGAAUUGUUUGCCAUUCGUCUCCAUCAAUUCUUAUUUGCUGAUGUAUUAACUGCUUAUGAAUUUACUCAAGAGGCAGCAGAAGCCCUAUACUACUAUCCUCCUCAUGAGGUAUUAAGGGGUCCCUCCUUAUUAUAUGAAUAUAAUAAGGAAUUAAUUGUCUCCUUAAUAGAUAAUUAUAUAAACCCUAAUAAAUUAAGAGUAUUUAUAUUAGAUAAAAGGAGACAAUUAGAUAAAAAAAAGACAGAAAAACGUUAUAAUAUAAAUUACCAACAAGAGACAAUAAAGGAGACAAUUAUUCAGCAAUGGAGACAUUUUUUCUCCUUAAAAGGAGACACUUUGCUUGCUGCACUGCAGCAGCACGAAUUGUCUCUCCCUCCUCCUAAUCCUUAUGCUCGUAUACUGCAGCAGCAUCUGCAGCAACUGCAGCAGCAACAGCAGCAACGCCAACAAAUGCAACUUAUGCAGCAACCUUACCGCUCCCUCCAACAGCAACAGCAACAGCAGCAGCAGCAACAGCAGCAGCAGCAGCAGCAGCAGAACGAGACACCUUAUCUUAUUGCCCCUCCUCCUUAUAAUGUAUACUAUAAAGGAGACACUAAAUUUAAUGUCCCUAAGACAGCAGUGUCUCUUCAUUUCUAUUAUAAGCCGAAGCAGCAAGACAGUGACCCCACAGCAGCAGCAGCAGCAGCAGCAGCAACUGCUGCAGCAGCAGCAGCAGAGGGGACAGCAACAACAAUAGACUACCGUCUCCGUCAGUAUAUACUAACACUCUUAUAUGUCCGCCUUGCUAACCUCUCUAUAGCGGAGGUAUUUGACGAUGCUGCUCGUGCUGCAGUUGGGGUGUCUCUUGAGGUAGGGGUAGAGGUGUCUAGUGCCCUAAGGCCUUUUGCUGUGGGGCUGCAUGCGUUUGGCUAUACUCCUUUUGUUGCUUCUGUUCUUGUUAAGGUAGCUAAGUGUCUUGGGCAGCAGCAAGACAGCAGCAGCAGCAGCAGCAUCAGCAACAGCAGCAGCAACAGCAGCAGCAUUGACAGCAGCAUAAACAGCAGCAGCAUUAGCAGUAUUAGUACAGACAGCAACGGCAACAUUAACAUUAGCAGCAGCACAACUAGCAGCAGCACAACAACCAGCAGCAGCAGCAGCAGCAGCAGCAGCAGCAUCCCCGAUAGCAGCAGCAGCAAGGACAGCAGCAGCAGCAACAGGAGCGAGUAUAAGUGUCCCCUUAACCCUUUCCUGCAGCAUGAUUUGCUGCUAGCAGCAUGGGAGUCAUUAGAGACAGCAGCAAGAGUUGCUGCAGUACAUAGAUCUCCUGCAGCACAAGCAGGAGACAUAUUAAGAAAAAGUGUCUCCUUUCCUUUCUUCUCCCCGCAACAAAUCUAUAAAGGACUACAAAUAAUUAAGCAACAGCAUAGCAGCAACAAGGAGACAAUUAAUAAUAAGGAGACACAUAAGAAUAAGGAGACACAUAAGAAUAAGGAGACAAUUAAUAAUAAGGAGACAAUUAAUAAUAAGGAGACAAUUAAUAAUAAGGAGACAAUUUAUAAUAAGGAGACAAUUUAUAAUAAGGAGAUAGAGACACUUGAAGGAUACACCACAGAAAAGGAGACACAUAACAAGGAGACAGAUAAGGAGGAGACAGAUAAGGAGGAGACAGAUAAGGAGGAGACAGAUAAGAAGGAGACAGAUAAGAAGGAGACAGAUAGGGAGGAGACAGAUAAGAAGGAGACAGUUGAUUGGCAUAAGAGUUUAUAUUUAGAGAUUGUUCGUUGGGGACAACAAGUCUGGAGGGAAGUCUACAUAGAGGGACUUAUACAGGUCAGUAAUUACCUACCUAGCUAG